AUGUCAACCAGCGAGUCAACCUCGGUCUCGGGCACUGGCACAGGCGACCGCAAGCCUGCGGUGCCUACCGGGAACGACCACCAGUUCAAGGAUGAGAAGAAUGGUCACCUCAACACAGCCGGUGAUGAUGUUGACAACGAAAAGGGGGUCACUGAGGACGCGGCUGCAGACGGAGCAAGCAAGCCGUCCCCAAGAUCCGUCCACGGCUUCUCAUGGACUCUGGUCGUCGCAAGCACCCUCAUGGCCAACUUCCUGUUUACAACCGACAAUACUAUUGCCAGCAACAUCCAGCCUGCCGUAAUCCAGACAUUUCAGUCUCUUAACAAGCUUGCGUGGCUGAGUGUCGCCUUCAUGAUGUCCUCUUGGGGCACAUGCUUCUUCUGGGGAGACUUAUAUGCACGAUACAGCGCAAAGUGGACAUUCUGUGUGAGCUUCGUUGUCUUUGCUGUCGGCUGCGCCAUCGCCGGGGCGGCGCCUACCAUGGACACCCUCAUCGUGGGCCGAGCUAUCUGCGGUGCCGGAGGGUCUGGCAUGUACUUUGGCUCCAUGGGCCUCCUAACGCAGAUGACCUCGGACCAAGAGAGGCCUCUCUACCUGAAUCUCGUCGGCAUCACCUUUGGAGCCGGCACAGUGCUGGGUCCCGUCAUUGGUGGCGCUUUUGCCGGAAGUAGUGCAAGCUGGCGUUGGGCGUUCUACUUCAAUCUCGUCGUCGGUGCCGUAUGCGCCCCUGUGUACAUCUUCCUUCUGCCGACUCUCAACCCACGCCCCGGCCAGUCCAUAAUGCAGCGGGCCAAGGAGAUUGACUUCCUCGGAAUCCUCCUUGUCAUCGGCCUCAUUGUGUCCAUUGUCAUGGCCAUCUGCUUCGGUGGUGUCCUGUACGCCUGGAACUCGGGUCAGGUCAUCGCCCUCUUCGUGCUGUCCCUUGUCCUCCUCGUCGCAUUUCUCGGCCAGCAGCACUUCGCCAUCGGAACCAGCCGGGAAAGCCGCAUGUUCCCCAUGCACUUCCUCAAGUCCGCGACAAUGGUGGUGCUGUUCCUCGAGGUGGCCUGCUGCGCGACCAAUGUCUUCGUCCCCGUCUAUUUCCUGCCUCUCUACUUCCAGUUCGUCAAGGCAGACACGGCCAUCUGGGCUGGCGUACGUAUGCUGCCCUACAUCGUAUUCCAGUCCGUCAUCGGCAUCAUAUCUGGCCUGGUCACGCGCAAGACGGGAUACUACGUGCCAUGGUACAUCUUUGCCGGCAUUUUCUGCAUCUCGGGCGCGGCGUGCCUGUACACCGUCAACGAAUUCACCGAUCUGGCCCACAUCUACGGCUACGAGAUACUGCUGGGCCUAGGCUCUGGUGCUGCCACACAACUCACAUUCGCCGUCGCCUCGAUGAAGGUGGCACCCGCCGAUAUAGGGCGCAGCACCGGGUGGGAGGCUUUCGCGCAGCUAGGAGGACCGACCAUCAGCCUCAGCAUCGCUCAGGCUGUCUUCAUUAACAAGGCCCAGCUCGCCGUCGGUUCGCUGCUGCCGGGUCUCAGCAUCGAGGAGAUUAGCACCAUCAUCUCUGACCCGUCCAGCGAGCUGUUGAGGGGCCUGCCGGACCAGAUGCAACACGAAGUCGUAAGCGAUGUUGUCAGUGCGAUGCGCGAUUCUUACAUUGUCUGUCUGGUCGGCGGAUGCUUGGUAUUGCUUCUCAUCUUCCGGUUCAAGGUCAACGACAAGCUGUGGUAA